UUCUCUCUCUAUCUAUAUCUUCUCAUCUUAUUUUUACUUUCUUUCCCUAGCUUUCUUUCACUUUUCAGAGGAAGAGGUGACGCCGAUCCUCAAAGACCCAGAUCCAUAUCUGUUUUCUUCUGAACUGAGGAUGCAGGACCAAACAGAAGGCCAUCUGAAAAAGUAGUGGGUGGAAGCAGGGAGGAGUAGGGAAAAACCCCCACUUUGGAGCAUUUGGCAUCCGUGCCAGUCCGAGAUCUGGCUACUCUUUCAUCCUCCGAGGAAAGGAAACAAUAAUUAGAGUGCUGCAGCUAUUUACUCUGAGAGAGAGAGAGAGAGAUAGAGAGAGAGAGAGAGCCAAGGCCAAGCAAAAAGAAGGAGAGAAGGGGGUCCAUCUUACAGACUCAACUUGUAGGCCAGCAAGAACUACAUGUCUUUGUGAGAGAGAGAGCGAGCGAAAGAAAGGUGAAGGGAAAAUAAAGGCCAUGCGGCGGCUGGUAGCUUCCAAUCUUCUUAAGGAGUUGUUCAUGGACGGCAACAGUUUUGAUGGGGGAAGAGACUGUUUGUUUACUUUUAGCCUGCCCUUGGAAGCACUAACUCUUCUAGUGGUGUGCCCUUCAGAAGGUCUUUUACUCAUCGUCUUGGCAAGCCCCUGGGUUCCAGGUUUUUGAUACCAUCUUCUUCAGAGACGGCACGGGCCAUCUGCUCUUCCAAAACCGGUUAUAAGGGAGAGUUUCUUUUAAUUACUGGAGAACAAGAUGGCGCAUCACCCACAAGAGAAGCCAGGGACUCAAAUCUCUCCAGCUUUCGGCUACAUCGAUUUCUCCUCCACCGGCAACUCCAAUAUCCAGAGCUUCGAGUCCAACCAGGAGCUGUACAGCCUCCGGGCCGGGAUGGAGAUGCUGGGGAGAGGCUUCAUCCCCAAGGUUGGCGGCAGCUCCUCCGGCAUCGGUGGAGGGUUCUGCCAAUCAUCCAACGAGAAUCUUAUGGUCUCGGCCGAGACUGCGGGGACAACGACGACGGUGAAUUCGUGGCAGCAUCCGAAUCGGAUGCUGGUUGAAGAUCCCUCGCUGAGGUGUCUAUUCCCGAAUGUUGCGAACCAGCAGCCGAUCCGGGGGCUGUCCCUGUCCCUGUGCAACCCCGAGCCCUCCGAGUCUAUAGCCGGCAUGGAACAGCCCAUCCUUCAGCAGCACCUCCCCACCAAUUCAACAGACGAAUUGUUCCCAAAAUCCGCAGCCUUACUUCAAGACAGGAGGUUUUUCCAGCAAUCCUAUCAGCAACCACGACAGCUAAAGAGCUCCAAGUUCUUGAUUCCAGCACAAGAACUACUCAACGAGUUCUGUAGUCUAGGUGGGGCAGGCAACUCCUCGAAGCAAAAGUCCUAUAAAGCAAACCAAUGGGAGGAAGGAGGGUCUUCUUCCAACUCUUCACGUAAUCAAUCCCUCUACUCUUCUGACGUUCUUGAGCUGCAAAAGAGGAAGGCUAAGCUUUUGUCAAUGCUAGAAGAGGUGGAUAGGAGGUACAAGAAAUACUGUGAGCAAAUGAGGGCUGUUGUCUCGUCAUUUGAGGCGGUGGCCGGGGAAGGGGCAGCUUCGGUUUACUCGAUGCUGGCAUCAAAGGCCAUGUCGAAGCACUUCCGAUGUCUCAAGGAUGGGAUAGUGGGUCAGAUCCGGGCGAUAAAGAAGGCUAUGGGAGAGAAGGACCCGGUCGCACCAGGGACGAUCAGAGGUGAGACCCCAAGGCUCAAGCUGAUCGAUCAGUGCCUCCGACAGCAGAAAGCAUUUCAACAGGCCGGAACGAUGGAGAGCUGUCCAUGGCGGCCCCAGCGGGGCCUCCCGGAGUGCUCCGUGUCGAUCCUUCGAGCAUGGCUCUUCGAGCAUUUUCUUCACCCGUACCCCAGCGACGUUGAUAAGCAUAUAUUAGCUCGGCAAACUGGACUCUCCAGAAGCCAGGUUUCUAACUGGUUCAUAAACGCAAGGGUUAGGCUAUGGAAACCAAUGGUGGAAGAAAUGUACUCGGAAGAAAUAAAGGAGCAGGACAAACAGACCUCCCAAGAGGAGAACAACGGUCACAACAACUGCCGGCCUGGAGAGCUACAGUCAAAACGAAACCCUAACCCUAAUUCUAGCUCCCUGCAGCUGCAUGCCGAGGACCAAAAGCCCACACCUGGGGAGCUCCUCAACUGCUCAGACUCCCUCUCCUCCAUCGUCAACAGCAGCCACCACUGUACCAACGGAAGGGAUCCCACAGACGGCAAGAGUUCCUUCCACGACCCUCGGCAACACCACCCGGUCCCCAGGGCCGAGAACUUUGGUGUGAUGGACUUGGACUUCACUUCCUAUGGUGAGUGCAGCAACCAGAACUUUGGAGACGGUGUCUCGCUAACUCUGGGUUUGCAGCAGCACAAUGAAGGGGCCAUGAGCCUGUCGUUCUCGCCGGCCUCUCAGCACUCUCUCUUCUUCUCCAGAGCGCAGAUGGAGGACUGCCAACCGGGCCAGUUCUCUAUAUUAGACGGGGAGGCUCAGAACCUUCCCUACAGAAACCUGAUGGGAGCUCAGCUGCUGCAUGACUUGGCUGGGUAGAAAAAAAGGUGAGGGGGGAGGUCUCCUUGUGGAGGUUAAGGACAGGGACAUGGUAACGGAAGUGGGGAUAUGGUAUACUGGGUUCGUUGGUAUAUUAUUUUGGGCAGGUUGGAUAAAAUAGGUAGAUGUGUACUAUAACGUAAGUUUUGGCCCUCAGUAGAAGGUGGCAUAUGGACAAAUAGACAAUGUUAUGGCAUUAAUAGAGCAGAAACGCUGUCAUUAUUUGGUGCAGGAAAAUACAUAUACGAUUUUGUGGAGUCCUUAGAUGCAGACAGUUCUUCCAGUGCUGCAGUACAUGGAAUAACUUCCUCAGCUUGUCGGGUAAA